AUCGGUUUAUACUGGUUACCGGGCGACCGUCCAUAUAUAACCUGAUUGUUUAGAUGUUAUUUUAGUCAGUUGAUUUGAGGUUCACCCGAUUGUCAACAUGAAAUCUCUUCUAUUCAUUACCAUUUGCCUGGCGUUCGCCAGUUGCCAUGCUCUUCAAAGAAUCAAAUUACAUAAGAUGACCAGUGUCCGACAUGAUCUCUUGAGCAAGGGAACCACCGGGGAAAUGAUAAAAUUCUUCAACCCUGCUUCCAGAUAUGGAGGUCCUGUUCCAGAGCCUCUGUCUAAUUAUCUUGAUGCUCAAUAUUAUGGUGUUAUAUCUAUUGGGUCACCACCUCAAACCUUCAAGGUUGUCUUUGAUACUGGUUCUUCCAAUUUAUGGGUGCCUUCCAAGAAAUGCAAAAUUACUGAUAUUGCAUGUUUGUUUCAUAACAAAUAUGAUAAUACUAAAUCUACCACAUAUAAACCAAACGGUACAGACUUUGCUAUACACUAUGGAAGUGGUAGCUUAACUGGUUUCCUGAGCACAGACAAAGUAACAAUUGGAACAGUCUCUGUAAAAGAUCAAACAUUUGCUGAAGCCACAAGUCAGCCUGGAAUUGUGUUUGUUGCUGCUAAGUUUGAUGGCAUCCUUGGAAUGGGAUAUGACACUAUUUCUGUUGAUGGAGUUGAACCUGUUUUCUAUAAAAUGGUGGAUCAAAAAGUUGUAGAUAGUCCUGUGUUUUCUUUCUAUAUCAACCGUGAUCCCGGUGCCAAGGAAGGUGGUGAGUUGAUUUUGGGAGGAACAGAUCCUAAACACUACGUUGGCAACAUGACCUAUCUACCUGUCACUAAGAAGGGUUACUGGCAGAUUAAAAUGGACAGCGUAGCAGUGAAAAAUGCGACAUUCUGUAAAGGUGGUUGUGCAGCUAUUGCUGACACAGGCACUUCUCUGAUUGCUGGCCCAACAGCUGAGAUCACUGCCCUCAAUAAGCUUAUUGGAGCUAAAGCUGUACCUGGUGGCGAGUUUUUGGUCGACUGUAGUAGCAUUCCUUCAAUGCCUUCUGUAACCUUCACUUUAGGUGGUAAAAAUUUCAUUUUGACUGCCAAAGAUUAUGUACUUAAGGUAAAUUCAAUGGGACAAGUUGUCUGCUUGAGUGGUUUCAUGGGAAUUGACAUUCCAAAGCCAGCUGGACCCCUUUGGAUUCUUGGGGAUGUAUUUCUAGGACCAAACUAUGCUGAAUUUGAUCUCCAGAAUAACCGGGUGGGGUUUGCAAAGUCAAGGAGCUAAAAGGAAAGAUCUGUUUAUAUUUUGUGUGCACUUAUAGUGGGUUCAUCUUUUAGUGUCUUCUUUUCCCCCCACUCCCUCUACUUGCUUUGCUUCUCUGUUGAAGUUUCAAAUAGUUUGUAGGUUUCUUUUGUAGUUGCAUGCUUGGUUAACCUGCAUGAGAACUUUUCCUUCAGUUUCAUUAAAUCUGUCAAACUGUACCAGUAUUAUUUUUCUUCAUAACAUUAUACAUUCUGGGGGGUUUCAAAUUAAUCCAAGUCCCCACUCCCCAUCAGCUCUAUGGUAUAUUAAAGAAGUAUUGAGAUUACAAA